AUGGCUAAGAAAGGUGGCAAGAACAAGAAGAAGGGCGGUCCCAAGCCCGCCGCUGCCGCUGCGGUCAACAAGGUCGAAGACACCGUCAAGAAUGUUGUCAACCCAGGCCAUGAGACCGACGAGUCUGUCGCCAAUGGCAGCAAGGCUGAGUCUAUCAACCAGCCCGAGUCUACCGCCGCGGAGCAGAAGCCUACCGAGACCCCUGCCGCUGCGCCUGUGACCGAGACCAAGGAGGCCGAGGAGAAGGCUGCGGUGACUGCGCCUGUUGCUGAGGCUGAGAAGAGCAGAGCCCGUUGCGCCGUGAGCAAGGCUGAGGAGACUAAGGAGGCAUCCCUGGCUGAGCCCGUUCCCGUUGUCUCUGAGAAGAUGGAUGAGACCACAAUUGAAAAUGUUGUGGACAAGGCCCAUGCUUCCCCGGCCGGUCAGGUCAACACAAUGGAGGAGUCAGCGGAUAAGCAGAAGGCUGUUCUCCCCGAGAGCACGGUCAAGGAGACCAGCCUCGGUGCAGACACCUACCCAUCCACCACUGAGACCGCUGCCGAAGAGUCGGCGACCUCGACAGCUGCUACCACUCUCCCCGAGCGACCCAAGGCGUCUGAGUCGACUGCGCCCGUUGCAGCCACCACCAGCGAGCCCGCAGUGCUGCCCUCCGAGACCACCGAGCACGCCGAGCACAAGCGCCCGUACGAGAAGCCCAUUUUCGCCACAGACGAGACAAAGCCACACAAGAUUCCCAAGACCGAGGAGGAACAAGCCGCCGCGGCCGACAAGAAGGCUCUCGCAGGCGCCGGUCCCGCCUCAACCGCCGCAUACACAGCUCCCGAGCCAGUGCCAGUCGCUACGGCACCUGUGAGCGAGACGCCUAAGAAGACCGAGCAGGCUUCUGCCGCGUCUGCCGCGCCCGAAGCAGCCAAGGCCACCGAGGCCACCGAGGCCAACAAAUCCGAGGGCAAGGCUUCUCCUGUCGCAGUCGCGGCGGCGGCGGCGGCCAUCAACUCUUCCAAGACUGAGAGCGCUGCAGCCCCCGCGGAAGCAGAGCUCAAGAAGCCCGAGGCUGCUAAGGCAUCUGAAGCGCCCAAGACUGAGGCAGCUGAGAAGCCCCCAGCUGCUGCUCCUCAAGAGCCUGCGAAGGAGACCGCCCCUGCCGUGCCAGCCAAGGAUACCGCGACGCCCUCAGAGGCCAAGCCAGAGGCGGCCGAGCCCAAGAAGGAGAAGGGCGGAUUCAUGGCGUGGUUGAAGCGAAAGUUCAAGUGA